ACGGCAGGGUCUCACACUCCGGCAACCCUGUCUUGCAGGUGUUCGCGCACGUCGACAACCCUAGCGGCAACAGUUAAAAAAUGGUGUGAAACGGCGACGUCUCCGCGGCGUGAAACUGUUGGAAGCCAUCGCUUGGUCCUCGUUUUGGUCCCGGGUCUUGGUCCUCCUUUCGAUCUCCAUCUCCGCCCGGUCACCAACUCACCAUUUCCAUUGCCAGCUCCACAUCCACUCCCCCGCCAGCCAGCCAUCAACAACAUCAGGAGCAACGAGCAACUCCAAUCUCGAAACUCUUGCAAUUCCCCUGCGAAAUGGGCACCAUCUCAUCCGUACUGCAAUGGUCGUGCACCAAGUGCAACACGAUCAAUCCCACGGAAUCGCUCAAGUGCUUUAAUUGCGGAACUGUGCGCAAGGUGUUCCCCAACAACAACCAGCAGCAUCAGUCGCAGCAUCAGCAUCGCAGGCUCGCCGCCUCCUGGACAGCUGAUGAUGCACUGGAGCAGGAACAGGCUGAGAAGGAGCAGGAGAGGGACAAGGACAAGGAGAAGGGCAGGGCGGCGGUUGCCAGGAGCGAGUACAAGCAUGUCUACAAAUCCCUGCUGCGCGGAUGCUUGAAAAGGCCACAACGAAACAGCCAGAACCUGCCAGCCAAUUGUGUGGAUUGCGAGGACACGCGCAAGUACAUCAAGAGCUCCAUCGAGCUGUACCGCCACUUCUCGAAUCCGGCCCUGAACCGCCGGUGGGUGUGCCACGCCUGCGGCACGGACAACAGCUCGGUCACCUGGCACUGCCUCAUCUGCGACACGGUCAGCUAUCUGGCGCCCAUCUACAAGGACGCCAUUGCUGCCGAUCGCGGCCAGGAGCUGGCCGGAAGUCUGGGCAAUCGUGGCGAGCUGCUGGCAGCGGACCACCCACAUCAUCAUCACCACUACCUCCAUCAGGAGCUGGAGGAUCAGCAUCAUCAUCACCAGCAUCACCAGCAUCAGUUACAUUCCCAGCACUCGCACAAGAGGCACCUCAAAGGUAGAUCUGUAUCGGGAUCUGGAUCUGGAUCGGGGUCUGGACUGCGGCGCACCCAGAGCCUGAGCACCGCCAUCGACAAGAGCGCCUCCGGGCGCAGUUGCCACAUCUGCUAUGCGAACAACCAGAGCAAGGACAUCUUUAAUCUGCCGCAGGUCAAACCGGCGCCGCAGCUGACAGGGAUUCCACCCGUGGCCGCCUGCAGCAACUCCCGCUUUGCCAUCGCUAAUGACACGUUUUGCCGGCGCAAACAGAACAACAAUAACAAAAACCAGAACCACAAAGUUGUGCGAGAAAGCGGAGCCAGACGAAAGUACAACUUCACCAUCACCACGCUCUCCCGGUCGGCGGCCAAAGAUGCCGGCCAGGGCCAGAUGAAGCCACUGCGUCAGCCCCUCAAUCUGAAUCUGAACCUGAAUCAGAAUCAGAACCUUCAGCAGGAUCAGCAGCAGCAGAAGGCGACGGCAGCGAAUCCCCAGCAGCUGCAGAAGAAGACCCAACGGGAGCUAGCAGCAGUGAGUAUGAAUCCAACGCAGUUCACCAUUCCGCGGAACGGCGUCUUCAUAGCCGUCAACGAGUGGUCGGAGCCAACGGCCAACAGCUCCUCCGGCUCCACCAGCUCCAAUCAUCACCAUCAUCACCAUCACAGCAGCAGUAACAGCAACAGCAACAGCAUCAACAACAACAGCAGCAGUUCCAGCAGCGGCAACAAGUUGUAUGAGAACGAGUGCGUGGCCUUGGCCCAGCAGCAACUAAGAGCAGCUGCCACCCAGGCGGCACAGGCAGCCGCCACGGCGGUGGCCAUUGCGAGCUCGCCCUCUGGAAAGGAACCACCGCCACAACAAGCCACCAUGCCCAUCUAUGCGCAGGUGAACAAGCAGCACAAGCUCAAGAAGAAGCAACAGAUAGCCAACGAAACGCAAACGAACAACAAUGGCAGUGGGGAGACCACGGAUGCGGUUAGUGACUCCCUCACAGGAUUGGGCACUGGUAUUGGCAUUGGCACUGCCACUGGCACUGGCACCGGCAUUGGCACCGGCACCAGCACCAGCACCGAUGGCAGCGGCGAGGCCAGCGAAUCCGAGUCGCAGGUGGAGGAGCACUCCAUCUAUGCCAAGGUUUGGAAGGGACCACGCAAGGCGACCGAAUCGAAAAUUACGCAUGACCCAGGGAGCAGCAGUCGCCUCACAGUUGCCACAUCCGCUACAUCAUCCUCUGGAGCGGCGGGAGUCGGAGCAAUAGUUGCUGCGUCAGGAGCGGGAGUUGCUCCCACUCGCCACGACAAUAAAGCACAUCUGGGCAACAGCAACGGCAGCCGCAGCAAGAUGUGGACAUGCGUCAAAUGUUCCUAUGCCUACAACCGUCUCUGGCUGCAGACCUGCGAGAUGUGCGAGGCCAAGCCGGAGCAGCAGCAACAGCACCUCCAGCAGCACCUCCAGCAGCAACACCAUCUGCAGCAGCUGCAGCAGCAGCAGCAACAGCAGGCAGAAACCACCUCCCGUGACGAGCCGUGGACCUGCAAGAAGUGCACCCUGGUCAACUAUUCGACGGCAAUGGCCUGCGUGGUCUGCGGCGGCUCCAAGCUGAAAAGCAUCUCCUCCAUCGAGGACAUGACGCUGCGCAAGGGCGAGUUCUGGACCUGCAGCCACUGUACGUUGAAGAACUCGCUCCAUUUGCCGGUUUGCAGUGCCUGCAAGUCACACCGCCAGCCGCAGCUCUCGAUUGCCAUGGAGGCAGUGCGGGAGCGACCGGAUGGUCAGUCGUACGAGGAGCAGGAUGCCGCGGCCGCAGCCGUUGGGGGAGGAGUAGGAGUUGGAGGAGGAGGCGGAGGCAGCGGAGCUAGUGUCCACCAGACAAGCGCCAGCGAGGUUAAAGCACCCACAGCUUUAAAUCUCCCAUUGGCCUCGGUGGCGUUGCCCAUGCCGCUGCUGCAGAUUCCAACGACGUCGGCGGCCGGACUGCGUGGCUCUCGCAGUCCCUCGCCCAGGAUGCAGCCACUGCCUUCGCUGCAGCAGCCGCAACAGAGGAGUUCCAGCUCUUCGGGCGCCGUACCCAAACGGCACAGCACCGGCGGCUCAAUUGUGCCCCGGAAUAUCUCCAUCGCCGGUCUGGCCAGCUACAACUUGCAGCAGGGCCAGGGAGUGGGCUCCGCAUCGGUGGUGUCCGCAUCGGGAGUCGUGGUCAGCUCCAACUCCAGCUCCAGCUCCAGCUCUAGCUCUAGCUCAAAGAAGUGGCAGUGCCCGGCGUGUACGUACGAUAACUGUGCCGCUUCCGUGGUGUGCGAAAUAUGCUCAAGUCCGCGUGGCCUGGCCAGCGUUGUUUUGGGCGAGGCCUUGGCGAGGAAGUCGAUUCGAGUGGCCCUCACCCCGGCGGAUAUUCGGCAGGAGAGCAAGCUGAUGGAGAACCUGCGCCAGCUGGAGGAAACUGAGGCGCUGACCAAGUGGCAGAACAUUAUCCAGUACUGCCGCGACAACAGCGAGCUUUUCGUCGACGAUUCCUUUCCGCCGGCGCCAAAGAGCCUGUACUACAAUCCGGCGGGCGGAGCGGCCGAGGGCAAUCCCGUGGUGCAGUGGCGACGACCGCACGAGAUUAACUGCGAUGGAGGAGCGUACCCGCCGUGGGCGGUGUUUCGCACCCCGCUGCCCUCGGACAUUUGCCAGGGGGUCUUGGGCAACUGCUGGCUACUCAGUGCCCUGGCCGUGCUGGCAGAGCGCGAGGAUCUGGUGAAGGAGGUGCUGGUCACGAAGGAGAUAUGCGGCCAGGGCGCCUACCAGGUGCGCCUCUGCAAGGAUGGCAAGUGGACGACGGUGCUGGUGGAUGAUCUGCUGCCCUGCGACAAGCGGGGCCAUCUCGUCUACUCGCAGGCCAAGCGCAAGCAGCUCUGGGUGCCGCUCAUCGAGAAGGCGGUGGCCAAGAUCCACGGCUGCUACGAAGCGCUGGUCUCCGGCCGGGCCAUCGAGGGCCUGGCCACGCUGACUGGAGCGCCCUGCGAGAGCAUACCGCUGCAGGCGAGCAGUCUGCCCAUGCCCAGCGAGGAUGAGCUGGACAAGGACCUGAUCUGGGCCCAGCUGCUAAGCUCGCGCUGCGUGCGCUUCCUCAUGGGCGCCAGCUGCGGCGGUGGCAACAUGAAGGUGGACGAGGAGGAGUACCAGCAGAAGGGGCUGCGCCCGCGACACGCCUACUCGGUGCUCGACGUGAAGGACAUCCAGGGACAUCGGCUGCUCAAACUGCGCAAUCCGUGGGGCCACUACUCGUGGCGCGGUGAUUGGUCCGACGACUCCACCCUGUGGACGGACGACCUUCGCGAUGCCCUAAUGCCCCACGGCGCCAGCGAGGGCGUCUUCUGGAUCUCGUUCGAGGACGUGCUCAACUACUUCGACUGCAUCGACAUCUGCAAAGUGCGCUCCGGCUGGAACGAGGUGCGGCUGCAGGGCACUCUGCAGCCCCUCUGUUCCAUUUCCUGUGUGCUACUCACCGUGCUGGAGCCGACGGAGGCGGAGUUCACGCUCUUCCAGGAGGGACAGCGCAACUCUGAGAAGUCGCAGCGCUCGCAGCUGGACCUGUGCGUUGUGAUAUUCCGCACCCGCUCUCCGGCGGCACCGGAAAUUGGUCGCUUGGUGGAGCACAGCAAGCGGCAGGUGCGCGGCUUCGUGGGCUGCCAUAAGAUGCUGGAGCGUGACAUUUACCUGCUUGUGUGCCUGGCCUUUAACCACUGGCACACGGGCAUCGAGGACCCGCACCAAUAUCCGCAGUGCAUCCUGGCGAUACACAGCUCCAAGCGGCUGCUAGUGGAGCAGAUUAGUCCCUCACCGCACCUUCUGGCCGAUGCCAUUAUAAGCCUGACCCUGACCAAGGGUCAGCGGCACGAGGGGCGCGAGGGCAUGACCGCCUACUACCUAACCAAGGGCUGGGCGGGUCUGGUUGUGAUGGUGGAGAACAGGCACGAGAACAAGUGGAUCCAUGUGAAGUGCGACUGCCAGGAGAGCUACAAUGUGGUGUCCACACGGGGCGAACUCAAGACGGUGGACUCGGUGCCGCCGCUGCAGAGACAAGUGAUCAUCGUGCUCACCCAACUGGAGGGCAGUGGCGGCUUCAGUAUCGCCCACCGGCUGACCCAUCGGCUGGCCAACUCGCGCGGCCUUCACGACUGGGGACCACCCGGUGCCACCCAUUGCCCGCCCAUUGAGAAUGUGCAUGGGCUGCACGCCCCGCGGCUGAUCACCUAGGACGGGACCGGCACUUGGGAUCGUGAUUGGCGAAAGAUGGGGAGCGACGGCCACACAUAUUCCUUUCGAUGUUCUCUCUCGAUGCGUCUCCGCUCAUUUCUACCCGUACUCUAGUCGAUGUUUUGUAAACGUAUCACAUCACAGCAAAAAAACCAAAAGCUAAAACCAACCAACCAACAAAACAAAUCAUAUUAAUGUGUAUAGAUCCGUGCAGAUAUGAUAUACGUGUUUAUUUACUAAGGCGCAUUCGGAAAAGCGGAGUAGAUCGGUUGGGAUACGGCGGAGACUGGAAGACGAUAUCCGGAGUCCCAGGAUCUCGGCACGAUUCCCUCGAGAUCAAAUGAUAUAUGUUUUGAUUUCGGCGCUGAUGAUUAUGGAUUAUAUAGAUAUGUAUUGUGAAUUUAAGUGCAUCCAAUAUUAAUAUGUGUAUUGUUUUAAAAAUAAAGACUACAAGUUAUAAAAGCCAACAAA